GGAGUUAAAAUAAGGAAAAUAAAAACCACUCUGGGGAAUUCAGAAGUAAAGGAAGUCCAGCAAGAUGGAUGGAGGCUGUGCUCAAGUGUAAUAGCACAGGUCUGUGUGCAGGGCUCUUCUAAGGGAGUUUCUUUCAGACCCAUCUCUGACUUCUGACUUCAUCUCCUCCUUUGUGGCACGGAGCAAAGUGCCUCAAAUUCCUGCAUCACAGGGUUCUUCUCUUCUGCCUGUGGAAGAGUGAAGUGAAACUCCUCUCCCUGUAAGUACAAACCUGGUGAUGCAUUUAUUUCUGUGUUUCACACCUCAGCUGAGGACAUUUUUUACUUUCCAGAUUCCUGGUUGUAGACUCAAAGCUGAAUUACCCAGAUCCCUUGGGAUCAUUUUCCACAUAGAAAUGUAACAUUAUACGGAAUAAUUUGCAUUAUCUGGCACUUCCUUCCUUCCUUCCAAGAAGUAACUGGGCUCUGGUUGGCUUGGGUGGACAGUUUCCUUUUCAUGGCUUUAGUUUUGGCUUUGAUCAUGUUGUGUAGGCACCUAAAGCUGUAAUUAAAUUAAUACCAUCAAAGGCAAGGUCUGGUAUUUCCAGCACACACAAGCAAAAAAAACCCAGAAUAGUCUUUCUUCCACUGCACUUCAAGGGGCCUUUAUUGUCUUUGGUGGGCCAAUUUUUUAAACUUGUGUUUUUUAACUGGUUCAAAGAGCUGGACAGCAGCACACAUCAACAGCAGCACAUCAACUUCUCCAGCCUUGUCUCAGGCAGGAGAAGAAAGCAGCCAAAGCCAGAGUGCAGCAGCAGUUCUGGACUGCCCGAGGCACAGCAGCCUCUGGAAGGGGUUUGCCCUGGUUUGCCCAGGCUUGCAGGGAUCUGGGCAGGCUGGGAGGCACUCUGGCUCUGUGCCUGCACAUCCUUUCCACACCAGAGCACGGCCCCAGCCCCCGGUGUCCCCUGAGACUCUUGGUGUGACAACACUUCCCUUCUGGUUCUCCUGGAGGAUUGGCUCCCAUCUUGUGCCUCCGCUCCUGGGUUCAGAAGCAGCAGCUGUGAAGCUCAGCCACUUCUUUGCCUUGUUGAAUUUUGGAGCUGGAAGGGCGAAGCUUUGAUGUUGGCUGGAAUACUUGACUUUCCUGUACCUGUCUAAUAUCCUGAUUAGGCUUUUGUAUUUGUUCAAAAUGAGAAAUCUACGUUAAAGGGCUACACCAAGUACCUGUUGGCUUGAUUUAAAGGAAACUAGCAAUCAGCUGUUUUCCCAGGGCUGCAGAAAUAAGCCCCACUCAAGCCUCAAGCUUAGCUGUUGUAAGAACAACUGUAAUGACCCAUUUUAAACAAUUCAGCAGACGGAAGUUCGGGCUUUCUGCACUGGAUUUCAACAGAGCCGCAAUCUUGCACUUAGGAAAUGGUUAACCCUGCAAUUAGGCACCUUUAAUUGAAUCCCUGCCACUUGCUUAAUUACAGCAGCACUUCAGCCACCCUGCGAGCAGCAGUGAAAUCAGCCCUGCCCCACCUCUCCCAGCUGCCAUUGGCUGCAAAAACCUGCUGGGCUUGACGGGCCGCACUCGGAGGGGAUUUCAAGGCCAAUAAAUAGCAGGGCCUUGGAGCAGUCAGGAGUGGAUCUCUCCCUGUCAGAACUCCUGGCUGGGGCCAGCCUGUCCCAGCAAACCCAGCCUGCUGCACCAGGAGGCCGCUGGAGGAGACGCUCCCUGUCGUGCAGCCCGUGCCUUGUGAGUCGGUGACUUUGGCCAGCCCUGGGCACAGCCGGAGCAGGGGCGGCAUGGCGCGCUGCGUGCUGCACAUCGCCGGGCUGAUUCUCGGCGGCGUGGGCAUGGUGGGCACCCUGGCGGCCACGGCCAUGCCCCAGUGGAGGGUGUCGGCCUACGUGGACGGCAACAUCGUGGUGUUCGAGACCGUCUGGGAGGGGCUGUGGAUGGACUGCAUCAGCCAGCUGGGCCUCAGGCUGCAGUGCAAGUUCUACGACUCGGUGCUGGCGCUGCCGCCGCCGCUGGAGGCCUUCCGGGCCCUCAUGUGCCUGGCCGCGGCGCUGGCCGUCGCGGCCUUCCUCGCCGCCAUCGCGGGGGUCACGUACACCCCGCGCGGCAAGCGGGGCCCCGGGGCCGUCAGCACCUUCGUCCUGGCCGCCGGGGCUGCCUUCCUGCUCACGGGCACGCUGGUGCUGAUCCCGGUCUCCUGGACCGGGGGCAGCAUCGUCCGGGACUUCUACGACCCCGAGGUGCCGGUGCCGCUGAAGCGGGAGCUGGGCGCUGCCCUGUACGUGGGCUGGGGCAGCGCUGCCCUGCUGCUGGCCGCAGGGGCCAUGCACUGCCACUGCUGGUGCGGGGCUGGCGCGGCCACCAGCCCUGGCCACCCGCGGCUGGCCCGGCCGGCGCCGGGCGUCCAUGCCUACGUGUAGCUGCUGCCCGCGGCCACCUGCUGCUCUGGGCACCUUGAGGAUCGUCUCAUUCCAGCCCCUGCCAUGGGCACCUUCCACCGUCCCAGCUGGCUCCGAGCCUCGUCCAGCCUGGCUUUGGACACUGCCAGGGAUCCAGGGGCGUCCUGUGAUCUUCCUACUUGGCGCGUGCCGAUUGACUCCUUGGUUUGCCUCCAGGUGUAAGGGAGGAGUAGUUUUGUUGCUUUGCUGUUCACUGCUGGCUUGGAUCCCCGCUCUCUAGCGCCUGGCAGGAGCUGUUCUCACACGGGUGCUUGGUUGGAGCACAGGCCCCAUUUCUCCGGGAAUGAGGAAUGGUGUGGGGACAGCAGCAGUCUCGAGGCUCUCGAGGAAGACGAGCAGCCUGCGCUGGGCCGGAGCGAAGGAGCCGCUGUGCCGUACCCCAGUGCCCUGCCCAGACCCCUGAGGUGCAGAGGGAGCAGGGCAUUUCCCUGGGGAGUGGAGUGUCCCUAAGGAGUGCUCCGGGAGAAGCCUGGAGCUGGCAGCACGGCUCAGUGAGCAGGGAAGCUUCCAGCUUCCAGUCCUGGCACGGAGAUGUUUGUGCUACCCCAGCAGAGGCCUCUGGGACUGUGCGUGGAUUUCUCUGAUGCUUGUGGAGCUGGUGCAUCCUCCUCAUCUCCUCUGCAGGGCACGGAACGUGGCUCAUGGAACAGGUUUUUAAUCAUUUCCCCAGAGUUUGCCGUGACGGUGUUGGCUUCCCUGCUGCUUGCCGCCCCCCAUGCUCUGAGGCUCCUCCUGCCCUGCAGGCAGCGCCUCCUCCUCUGUGAAGCUCGGCACAGACCGUGCCCUGUGCUCAUGCAAAGUGCAAUUCCCAGGCCAGGGAAUGCACAGGCAGUCCCCACCUGCCCCUGGGAGCAGAGAGCUGCAGCCCACGGCUCCCAGCACGCCCAGAAAGCCAAGCCCAGACGUUGCUCCAGCUGCUCCGUGCUUGCCAGGCUGCCUUGGGAAUGCAGCCAGAGCAGCCUGCUCCUGCCUGGCCGUCCUGCAGGACCCAGCAGCAUCUGCAGCUGGCAAUUCCAGCGUUCCCCACUGGAAACCUUGGAGUCUGCGUUCCACCCCACGAUCAGUGCCCAAGGAAGGUCCAGUUCAGCAGGGUUUUUCUGGUUCUUUAGCCAGCGGUGGUGGGUGGCAGCAUUUAAGGGGCAGUUUCAUGGCACGGGGCUCAGCCUGACCCUUUGCUGUGGCUGGUGCUGAGAAAAGGCUGUGGUGCCUGUUUGGGCUGAGGAGAGCGACGUCUCUGCCUGUUCAUCUGACUGCUCCAUUUGAAAGAGAACACGGAAAGCUGCAUUUAAUUAAAGAGGCCUUUUAUUAACUUGGCUUCAGAUGAUCUUAGAUGAGACAGUGCCCUGCUCCACAGAAAUUCAUUACAUCUAUUAACUCAGGGGCAUUUGCAUUGAAGGCAGCCAGCUCAGAUCUUGCAGUGGGAAUUUUCGAGGCCCCGCAGAACUGGUUUCAAGUCUCCAGCUCAUCACUCAAGCAGUCAAAUCAGCACUUACUAAUUCUAGAUGGAAAUUGAAGAAAACAGUAAUAAAUAGGUUUUUCUAGCACUAAACCAUGGGUUUUUUUCCUGUUGUCUUAGGAAGUCUGUCACGGCAGCUGUCAGUGACAGCUGAUUUCAGUGGAGUCAUUCUGGUGACUUUGGUAAUAAUUUCCACUACCCUGAGGAACUCCACCUCCUGUUUUAUUGUGAUUUUUGUCCUACAAUGCAUAUUGUGUUUAAUAUGGAACUAUUGGGUGAGUAAGCCAGAACUGCACAUUUUGGAGUAAUUUAGAUAUGACAUUUGUGAUUAACAAAGCAGAGGAUGGAGACAUUUGCAAUGCAAAUCUGAUACAUAUUUAUGUGUAGGUAAUGGAUUUAAAUGAUGAUGUAUUCAGCGUAAUGCAACUUUAUGCAGAUGUAAGUGCUUAAGAAGUAAUUAAGUACAGUUUUCUGUAACAUUAAUUAGAGGAUCCUGAAUGCUUCCACUAUCAGUGGGCUCAUCUAGGAAUCAAAUUGGAACUGGGUGUGCCAUUUGCACUGGUAACUUUAUUUUCAAAGAGCAGAAAGAUAUAAAACUGUUUUAUUUGAGCAUUUAGCGUCACUUUCAAAGAAAACCUGAGCUUUUUUUUCUCUGCCAUUAGCACCUGAUGACUGCAUGUUUCCCCAUGUCUCUCUUUUCCCAGCGGAUCAAAAGAGCAGCUCAGACAGCCCUGUGCUCGUGUGUGGGCUUGGAACCCAGCCCUGCUUCCAAGGGUGGAGCCAGGCUGGGCUGCUGCUGGCACGUCCAGCGGGGUGAGUGGCACAGGUGGCAAUUUCUGGUGAUGUGCUGGAGCCUUGCAGGCUGGCAGGAACGUGUUUAAG